AGCAGCGCCAUGCCGUUCGUGGAGCUGGACACCAGCCUGCCGGCCGAGCGCCUGCCGCCCGGGCUGCCACAGACCCUGUGCGCCGCCGCCGCGGACAUCCUGGGCAAACCGGCGGAGCGGGUGAACGUGACGGUGCGGAGCGGGCUGCCCAUGGUGCUGUCGGGCUCGGCCGAGCCCUGCGCUCAGCUGGUCGUCUCCUCCAUCGGCGUGGUGGGCACGGCGGAGCAGAACCAGCGGCACAGCGCCCGCUUCUUCGACGUCCUGACGGCGCAGCUGGGCCUCGGCCCCGAGCGGAUUGUCAUCCGCUUUUACCCACUGGAGCCCUGGCAGAUCGGCAAGAACAGGACAGUCAUGACAUUCCUGUGAUCCUUGGAGUGGCCAGCUAGA